AUCCGCAGCUGCACACAGAACUGAAGAGAGAGGAGGCUGGCAGUGGACCCUGGGUACCCACAUCAUGACCAGCUGUCGCCACCAUUCAGGAUACCUGGCAGAUGAUGAGGCCGGCCACACCCCAUACCUGUCCCGGGUGCCGCCACCUAAGAAGCCGGCAUUCCCGAAAAUGGGGCAGACCUCCAGGCUGGGCCACAUCCCACGCCCACCUGAGAUGUGUGGCCGCUCAGGUAGUUCAGGGCUUCGCAGCCACCGUCAAAAGUUGAGGGGCCCUCGGCCCUUUGGCAGCUUCCUGGAUUUCCUUGUUGAGGGCCAGGUGUUGGACAGCUUGCAGAGGGUGGUGGAGGAAGCAGCUGAGCGCAUGGCUGCCAUGAAGACGGAGACUGGGAUGCCGCUGGUGGAGGUGCAGGACCCAGUAGAGGUGCCCACGGGUGGGCGGCGGGUGCGUUCCCGGCCCAGCCACAGCACCGUGCACCGGCACCGAGUCAAGCCCAGCCUCUGCACUGGGCACCCCAACAACUACCCAUCCUGCUCCAGUUCCAUGUCUGACUCACAUAGCAGCGUCACAGCUGACUAUUUGGGUUCCCACAGUCAAGGCAGCAACCUGAGCUGCCAUGGCGUGGGCCCACUGCCACCCUUGAGGGACAGACUUUUGGAGGAGAAGAGUCUCAAACGGCUGCUGCAGCUGGAGAACAGAGGGAAAAGCCUGGGGCAGUCCUGCUCCCAGGGGGACUCUCUGCUAUGGGACUCGUUGGGCUCAAGUUCGGGCAUUCUCGCAGCGUCAGAGCCGGGUCCUGGAGAGAGAAAGCCGGUCUCCCUCCAGAGAGAGUUCAACAAGGAGAUCAAGUCCUUGCUGAGCCAGCCAGAGUCCUUCAGCGUGCCUGGCUACUCUGCCCUCCGUGAGCCCCAUCUGACCCUGGACUUCCUGGCCAAGCACCACCUCUUCCCUGCCCUGCAGAGUGUGAUCAACCAGGCUGUGGACAAGCUCAGUGGCGCCCGCCGCCACAACGGCUGCCCUCUCUUCCCGUCAGAAUGGGAGCCCAGCACAGAGCCCAAUUUGGAAACUUCCAAGGAGGCCAUACCCACCGAAGGGGAGGAGGAGCCCUAUGAUUCUCCCCCCACCACAGCCUGCAGCUACAAGAUGGCUCGAAAAAAAGGCAGCAAGUCUAGAGGACGGGGCAAGCUGAAGGAAUGUGGUUCUCCUAUGGCUAGCGCCCAAGGGGUCACCAAAUUCAGGCUCCAAGUGAUACCCACAGAAGAGACCAAGAGCCCCAACUACGAGUUCACGAAGAAGACGAGACUGCCCUCCAUCUCAUCCAAGUCCACAGCCCACCUGUCCAACCCCUGCCACGAGGAGCUUGUCAACUAUCUGACGGAGCAGGCUGUCUCCUUGCUUGUUUGCAAGUACAAGUUUGAGACGAACCUCGCCAAGCAGCUGGGCUUCAUCUCCUUUCCCAUCACUGAAACACUCAUGGACCUCUUGCUGGGCUUCAAGAAGGUGAAAGGCUCCCACAUCUGCCUGUCUUCGGCGGUCGACUGGACCUGCCUGCUGCGAAAGCUGGAGGAGGCCCAGUGGGACCAGCAGGCGCCCCAGCAGGCGCCCCAGCAGGCAUCUCAGCACGACACCUCCCAUCACACUGCCUCUCACAGGAGCACUUCCCAACGCAGCGAAGAGUCCUGCUCCUCCUUGCCCAAGCCAGCUGUCACGGAUCAGGGGGUGGCCAAGGGGGAGCAGCUCCACACUGAGUUGUUGGUCCCCCAGCUGCUCACCCCUCAGGAGAACAAUACGGCUGAGGAGCAAGAACCCAGGAACCUCUCGGAGCCCCAGCUCUCCGUGUCUUAUGGUGCUGGAGUGGUCUCCGACCCGUAUGAGCAAGUGGUGGCCACGGGGGAGAGCCAGAGCAGUGAGGAGAAGGAGGAAGACAAGAACUAUAAAUUUGGGGGUGAUGAGAGCGAGACCUAGAGAGCCCUCGAGCAGAGGCCAAGAUCAGCCACUCCACAGAUGGCCCUAGAGAUCCCCCCAGGUCCCGCUAAGCUGAACCGAGUUCUAGAUUUCCUGCUCUUCCUCCCUUCCUCCUGCUUCAGGGAAACGCUGCCCGCCCUGCCAGCCCCUGCCCUGAGCUGAGGUCAGAAUGGGCUAAAUGCCCACAAGGAACUCUGCUCAGCCUCUCAAGAGAGCCAACGGGGAAAAUAAAGCUUCUGUCGAUGGAGCACAGUUUUCUUGACCGGCACUUUCAGCCUCCCUUGCACGCGCCUGCUUACCUG